AUGAAUAUUGCACAGACGAUAAAGACAUACAAAGCAAUCUGGAGUCUACUUGUGCUCAUGGGAGCUACACUCCAUAACUCGGACAAUGGUGCAAACACAGGUGGAAUCUAUAGCUUUAGAAAUUAUCCUGUGGAUACGACUGAAAUAUCUAUAUCUAACCAAGGCAUUAGAUUUAUUGGCAGCGAUAUUAAAAGACUAGUGAACCUAGAGAAACUGAAUCUCAGUGAUAACAUGUUAAAGUCAUUACCGGCUGAUAUAGGAGAGCUGAAGAAUCUAAAAACAUUGUAUCUUGAUUUAAACAAGCUUGAGACAUUACCAGACACUAUAGGAAAGCUGUUCAGUUCUUUGCAACUACUGAUUUUGUUGGGCAAUAACAUUUCAGAGGUUGGUGAUGGAAAAGAGACUCUGGGUAGCAGGGAAUUGAAAGUGAUAUUUGAGAAUCGUGUUAUGUUUGAUGGGAAUAUCUUACAAGGACAAUAA